CCUGUCUUCUCUCUCACCACAGAAGACAAAACAUCAAACACCUUCUGAUCAUCUUCUUCUUCUCUCUCUCUCUCUCUCUCUAGCUCUCUCCACACCAUGUCCAACACAUUUUGGAAGAAAACCUUCCCUCUCUGCACCUUCUCCAUCUCCAAAUGCCUCCCCACCACAACCACUACCCAGGCUCCGUCGCAUCUCUCCGACGCCGACGCUGACGACCGCCACGUGUCGCAUUCCUCGUCGUAUUCUUCAUCAUCCGUCGUCAAAAACUUCAACUCCCUCUACAACUACGUCGAUCUCGCCGCCGCCAGCUCUGCCGGGUCCACCUCCAAGUCCGCCGCCACCGACGACUUCUUCUCCUCCUCGUCCGACGCCGACGACUCCGACAACUCCUCUCCGCCGGACUUCGCCGACGUCUUCGCUUCCCAGCGCUUCUUCUUCUCCUCCCCCGGAAACUCAAACUCCAUAACGGACUCAAAACCCACCGUCUCCGCCGCCGGAAUAUCGCCACCGUUCGACGGAGUCGAGGUUAGGAAGUACUCUGUGGACCCUUACGUGGAUUUCCGGCGGUCCAUGCAGGAGAUGAUCGACGCGAGGAAUGAUGAUCACGAUGAUAAAAGUACUAGUGACUUGGAGUAUCUUCAUGAGCUUCUCUUGUGUUUUCUGAGUUUGAACCCUAGAGACACACACAAGUUCAUCAUCAGCGCCUUCAGCGACAUCAUCGUCGACAUGUUGUCGGCGCCCGAUAGAGGCCGUCGGCACCGUGAACUCAAGCACCGACGGCAGCGCAGCCGUUUGCGGCGGUUGAGCAUGUAACAGUUUGGGAAUUAAAAUUUUUGUUUAAUAAUAUUGUUAGUAUUAUUAUUAGCUACUUUUGUUACGUGGGUCCCUAUCCAAUAUUGUAUGAAUU